UUGUGGAAUUUCAAAAAUGACUGUUCCGAGAGAACGGGUCUGGAUACCAGAUAUAGGUAUCCAAGAAGACAUCUCUGAUACAAGUAGUACCAUAUUGAGCCCAUAUGUCCAGGUGCAUCAUAAUUGGUUAGCUCAAGUGAUUGACCAGCGCCGGCUAACCACUUCCUGCAAGAUGGAUCUUUAUAGGUUCCCCCUUGACACCCAGAGCUGCAGCAUCACCUUUAAGUCCAUGAUACACAGAGCAUCAGAAAUAAAAUUGCGGGCAUUCGCCAGCGACACUGCAGUGAACCACAUAACUAGGGAGAGCAUGACUACACUGGAUGAAUGGGACUUCCUGGGCAUUGCUAUGACUGAGGAAGAACUAAAUUAUGGUGGUGAUGAAAAAUGGCAUCAGCUAAUAUACAAGAUCACCUUAAGAAGGAGGCCACUAUUAUAUAUAAUCAACCUUGUGGUACCAAUUGCCUUUUUUCUUGUGUUGGAUUUGGCCUCCUUUUUCGUCAGUGAGGCCAAAGGGGAAAAGCUAGGCUUCAAAGUGACCAUACUCUUGUCCAUUUCUGUCCUAUUGUUGAUUCUCAAUGACAUCCUGCCCUCCACAGCAAAUAACCUGCCAGUGAUAGCUAUUUACUGCAUCGUAAUCUUUGCCCUUACGGGCCUCAGCCUCCUGGAGACCAUGCUAAUGAGCUUCCUGAUUGAUAUGGACAGCAGGGUUGAUCAGGACAUCCAGACCUCUGCUAAGACCUGCGAAGAGACUCAAGAAGAGUCUGAAUGCCGAAGAGAGCCUGAGAGAGAUGCUGAGAGCAGCCUGGAGAAGGUGGACACCUUUAACAAGAAGGACCUCGAUGGAAACUGGCUGAACAACCGCUACCUGCUGCAGCUGAUCCUGAAGGAGGUGCAGAACGUACGGCAGGAAUGGUUCUCUGUUAAUGUGAGAUGUGGCAAGGAGAAGACGGGGUACUGGGAAAAAGUGGCCAGACGCAUUGACCAGGCUUACUUUUGCCUUUAUCUCAUUACCACCAUUAGUUUUCUGAUAUUCAUAAGUUUCAUGUGGCUUCAUUAACUGUGCACAGUGCAUUUACAAUAUAUGACGAUUUUUAGGCUCUUUGGGUUACUUAUAUGCAUAAUAUUGGUACUUAAUGGUAAAUAAUACUGGUAAAUUCCAAUAAAUUAUUCUUUAUAAAUAGCUGUUUCCCUGCAAGACCUGUAGCCUAAAGCUUUUAAUAUAUUUUACAUUAUCUUCAUUACCUAACCUGACUUAGGUUCACUUAGCUACUGCUUCUGUUGUUAAGGCUAUUGUUCUUGUCUGUGA